UUUUCAUCAUAUUGCAUGAAUAAACUAUUGCAGCUUUCCCUGAAUUAUUAUUAUUACAUUAUGCAACAAUAUUAUUUUUUUCAAAAAAAUCCCCAUUUCUUGAGUGUAAACUUUCCCAAAGCGCUCAUUCGUACUCUUGGGUUCUUCCCUUUUCCAGCCUGUCUUCCUAACGGCUAACAAUUAAAAUUAUUGCAUCCCACGUCCUGCCCGUCAUCCCAGAUUUUGAGGACUUUUGCAGGAUUUCCUUGAAAAAAUAUUUAACUUCCAGAGCAACAGCCCAUGUAGAUUGUGAUUGAAAUAUACAAAUAAAGUUUGAAUUAGACCAAAAAGACAUGAGCUUGAUUUGGAUAGUCCAAUUUAGAAGGGCAAAAGGAUGUGCCCGUUUUGGCAUUAAGAUAGAAACAGGACAAUGCCAGGGAAACCCCAUAGGCCGAAUGGUUUUCUUUGGUUUUAGAAGCAUGUGAUAUCGAUAAGAUUUCAGUCUGUUAAUUAUAUAGGUAGUUUUGUUUAAGAAGAUUAAACAUGGGAUCCGGUAGUAGCAGAAACGCAAUGGCGUCAUCUCAAGCAGAAGAGGCAAAUGCGCCAAGAAGAACAAAGGGGCGCCACAGGUUACAUUCUGGGUGUUUUCGACCUCCUCCGAAUUCUCCUGAUAGCCCAUUGAAUUCUGCAUCUCAUGAGGAAGCAAUUCGCUGGCCUAUAGAUGCCAGAAGAGAUGCCAAUCCAGAGAACUAUCUUAGGGGAAAGAUUAAAUGCCUACCUGACUCUUCUGUAAAAUGCAACCCAAGAAGCAAAAAGAGGCUUAUUCGUUCAGUUUCUCACUCAAGUGGGAGCUCCAGACAAUUUUGCAAUUCUCAGGUGUCAGCACCUUCAAACAGUUUUGCAAGUAGAAGUACAGGUAGAGGGGAAGGUAACUCUGCUAGUAACCGCUGUCCAAAUGGUUCUAACUGCAAUAAACAUCCUUCUGAUAUCAGGUUAAACAGGGCCACAAGUUUAGGGUCAUCAAAAUCAUAUUCUUUAUUUGCAAGACGACCCAGGAAUCAGCCUUCAAGCAUUGGGCAGAACACAGGAACUGAUGACAGUCAUUUAAUAAAUGGUACAGAUCUACACAGAGGACAGGGUAGCAGAUCACAUAAUCCAUGUGGAAGUAGAUCUAGGCAACAAAGUGUUGGUUCAAUGCAAGUAAGAUUACAAGAAUAUGAAGAUCAUCCUUCAGAUAUGCUAGAAAGGGAAGAUGUAUUUCCAGAAUCUUCUAGUGUUCAAGGUGCUAGCAAUAGAGGUCCGCAAUGGAACACAACUUUCAACAACAAUCAUGCAUCAGUCUCUGAUCAAAAUGCAUUUUCUGCAACUCGUCGUUCAACUUUGGUGGAAUCAAUAGAUGCAAGACACUUUCACAGAAGAGGGACACCUGACCAUUAUGAAAGUAAUAUAAAUUUCAGAAGAACACGCAGUGUUGGACGACUCCGUGACAGAGUGCUUAGGAGGACGGCAUCAACUGAAGACUCAUUGAGCAGUGGAGAUGCAGUUGACAGGGAAACAAGAGUACACAAUGGGAGAAGGUUUUGGGAAGCUUUAAGUAGAGCUUCCUCUAGUAGGUAUACUGGAACACCACCAACUGUUGUAAACGAUCAGUUCCUUCACACUCUUAGAUCUAUGAGUGCUGGUCGGAGGCACUGGGAUGAGAGGAUCCAAAUGAAUGAUGACACCUCUAGUUAUAACAACAGAAUACAGGAAAGUAGAGGGUUGAACCAUGAUGAACGGAGGCAGCGGGCAAGAUCUCAGGUCCGUGCUUUGCAACGUUUAAGUAGUGGUUUUGAGAAUUUAGCAGGCCAUGAGAGAUCAUGUAAUUUACCUGGCCACAAUCAAAGGGCACAUUGCUCAUGCCAAGAUGUUGGAGUGCCACAAGAUUCAAAUACCAGUUCAAGCAUCUCAAGGAUUAUCAUGUUGGCAGAAGCUUUGUUUGAGGUUCUUGAUGAAAUUCAUCACCAGUCUAUGGCUUUGUCCUCACGAUCAUCGGUUUCUUCACUUGGAUCUUUCCCUGCUCCUGAUGAUGUUGUUGAGUCCAUCCCAAUACGGUUGUACAGCCAAAAGGGAAAAAACGUUAAUGAGGAUGCUGCACAGUGCUAUAUAUGUCUUGUGGAAUAUGAAGAAGGAGAGCAUGUGAGAGUUUUACCAUGCCAUCAUGAAUUUCAUCAACUUUGUGUUGACAAAUGGCUGAGAGAGGUUCAUAGAGUUUGCCCACUUUGCAGGGGAAAUGUUUGUGACAGCCUCAGAACUCAGGCGGGAAGCUCAUAACAGUGCCAUUGGCCUUUAUGUGAUAAGGGUUUAACAAAACACCUAGUACAGUUUUGCUAGUGUGCAUAGUCACCAAGAGACUUGGAUUCCAGGAUGACAACUCUGUCCCUAAAAUGUACUCGAAUCUUCUUCUGAUUAUAUUUAAAUGUAAUAUAUGCAUUACUCAUUCAUAGAAUAUACCUAUUUCAAAAAGACAUCGUGUACCUCCAUCCAUGUCUCAUGGUGACUAUGCUAUCACCCAUCAAACAAAGUAUUUUGAAGAUAUAUAUAUAUCCAUUCAUGGUCAA